UCCGCACGCGCGUCCCGCCUCGGCGCCCGCGGAGAUGGCGGCGCGCAUCAAGCGGGAGCCUCGCAGCCCGCAGCCGUGGUCGGGCUUUCCGACGGGCGCGCCUCGCGGAACGGCCGGCUGGGGGCGGGUGAAGCGGGAGCCCGCCGAGGAGGUCGCGGUCAAGCAGGAGCCUGAGGAGGAGGAGGAGGGCGGCGACGCGGAGCCCCCAGUAAAGUAUGGUCGAUUUGAUCCAGAAGAUCGCCGGAGCAGGCAUUGUCCAUACCUGGACACCAUAAACAAGAGCGUCCUGGAUUUUGACUUUGAGAAGCUGUGUUCAAUCUCACUCUCACAUAUCAAUGUCUAUGCUUGUUUGGUGUGUGGGAAAUAUUUCCAGGGCCGUGGCUUGAAGUCCCAUGCUUACAUUCACAGUGUCCAGUUCAGUCAUCACGUGUUCCUCAACCUUCACACCUUGAAGUUUUAUUGCCUGCCGGACAACUAUGAGAUCAUUGACUCUUCUCUUGAGGACAUCACUUAUGUACUGAAGCCAACCUUCGCCAAGCAGCACAUCACCAGUUUGGACAAGCAGGCUAAACUCUCACGCGCCUAUGAUGGCACCACAUACCUGCCAGGCAUCGUGGGAUUGAAUAAUAUCAAAGCCAACGACUACGCCAAUGCAGUUCUCCAGGCGUUGUCAAAUGUCCCGCCCCUGCGGAAUUACUUCCUGGAGGAAGAGAAUUACAGGCACAUCAGGCGUCCUCCGGGGGACAUCAUGUUCCUGCUCGUUCAGAGGUUUGGAGAGCUGAUGAGGAAGCUGUGGAAUCCACGGAACUUCAAAGCUCAUGUCUCCCCCCAUGAGAUGCUGCAGGCCGUGGUCCUGUGCAGUAAGAAGACCUUCCAGAUCACCAAGCAAGGUGAUGGAGUUGACUUUCUUUCCUGGUUCCUGAAUGCCUUGCACUCUGCUCUCGGGGGGACAAAGAAGAAGAAAAAGACCAUUGUAACCGAUGUCUUCCAAGGCUCCAUGCGGAUAUUCACCAAGAAAUUGCCACACCCUGAUCUGCCUGCCGAAGAAAAGGAACAGCUGCUCCGGAACGAAGAGUAUCAAGAAAAAAUGGUGGAGUCCACUUUCAUGUACUUGACCCUGGAUCUCCCCACUGCUCCCCUCUACAAGGAUGAGAAGGAGCAGCUCAUAAUCCCACAAGUUCCACUCUUCAACAUACUGGCCAAGUUUAAUGGAAUAAUGGAAAAGGAAUACAAGACAUACAAAGAAAACUUCCUGAAGCGCUUCCAGCUCACCAAACUGCCCCCUUACCUUAUUUUCUGUAUCAAGAGGUUCACCAAGAACAACUUCUUUGUGGAAAAGAAUCCCACCAUUGUCAACUUUCCCAUCACGAACGUAGAUCUCCGGGAAUACCUCUCUGAGGAAGUGCAGGCAGUGCACAAGAACACCAUCUACGAUCUCAUCGCAAACAUUGUGCAUGAUGGCAAACCUACUGAAGGAGCCUACCGGAUUCAUGUGUUGCAUCAUGGCACAGGCAAGUGGUAUGAGCUGCAGGACUUGCAGGUGACCGAUAUCCUUCCCCAGAUGAUCACGCUGUCUGAGGCUUACAUCCAGAUCUGGAAAAGGAGAGAUAGCCAAGAAGAGAGCCACCAACAAGGAACGUGAACUGGGUGUGGAACAGGCCCGGCUAGAGGCUGGAACAUUGUUGCAAAGACCGGUUGUCUGGGUCGCUUGGGGGAGCCUCUCCCGGUCUUCAGUUUUCUUUCUGCAUCGGGGACGUCCUUGCCGGCACUUUGGUCCUGAUGCAGCACCAGCCUGUGGCUCGUCUCCACUUCUCUGGGCACCAGACUCACAAGCCUGUUUCAUCCUUCGUUUGGAGAAGACCUUGCAGAGAGACGGGCACUUCUGCUCCUCUCUGUGCAUUAAAUAUGCAUGCUUGUUUUCCCCCCGAACUCUGCUGUUUUCCGGCUCUCCUUCGCUCCCUCCUCCCAGGGAACAUGUGAUUCAGACAAGGCAUCCCAUGCACAACGGGUUUGUGUUAGACACUUUCACAUUGUUUAGAUGAUGCUUUUGGUUAUAAGGGAACAAGCACUCAAUGGGAAUAGAUUCUUUGAAGAUACGCGGACACGAAAAAAAUCUAAACAGCAACAUAAUGGAUUAGUUAACAAUCUAAAAAGAACUCAGUGUGUUCUUAAUGACAUUCACACACACCUCUCUCUCUCUCUCUCUCUCUCACACACACACACACACACACACACGGAGGGAGGGAUUUUGAGAGAGAGAUCAGGCAUUGACAAGGGAAAAUGAGAAUCCUCAGAUGGAGAUGCGCAGGAUGGAUGAUCUUUCAAUGUCCCGGCUGCAUUGCUGUCUGAGUGGCAUCUGCUGUCGUCUCACAGCCAGGAGUAAGCUAAAUUGCUUUGAAGACCUUGGCUUUCUGCCCAGAAAUUCUGGAAUAUUACAUAAACCUCUGGAUCUGUCAUCUGGCAGCAGUUCUGAUGAAAUCCCUCUUCCCCACCAUCAUGCCUAUACUUUACAACAACUGGUUUUCACACACAAAAUGUCAACAAAAUCAGAAAAGAGAUUCAGAAAUCCUGCUGAGACUAAGAAGACCCUGAUGCUCACUGGACGUCACCGGGCAGCCCUCUUCUCUGCCAGCCUAUCUCUUCGCCAGGGGAAGGAGGCCUCCAAUUGUAAAAUGUGGCCCUCCUUGGCCUACCAGAAAAAUAAUACACACCAACUGGAAGACCCCCACUGGUUGCUUGUUAUUCCGUGGGGCACAAUUUAAGGGGAUAGUGUUAAAUGUUUCCUCUUCUGAACAAUUAUCGGAAGGGCUGUAACUUGAAGAUGCCUGAACAGUGAGGUCAGUGGGGAACCAUAGAAAGAGGCCGGCAUUUUCUAAAGUUGAUUUGACCAGUUCUUGGGGGAAGGAGAUGGCUAUAAAUCAAAUGAUGUUUAAUCAUUCUCCUGCUUUCUAAGGAAGGGUGGGAGAUGAGCAGAUGCACAGUUUAGCCUUACAUUGGGGCACCUUCGAGAGAAAUUCAUAUUUUUAUUACUAAUAAAUGUCUCUUGAUUAGUU